CUUCACAUUUGUUGCCUUGCAGACAAAUCGGUGGACUCCUCUUCUAGUUCAAAGCUUGUGGUGGUGGUGUGUGGGUUAAUUUUUUCCGUUGCAAAAGUUCGGUUCUUCUGGAAAAAAGUUACAGUUGAAAAAAAAAAUACAAAAAUUGUGAAAAUUCGUGUGCCAGUGUACUAAAAAAGGCAAAAUAACAGUUUGUGAUUCAAUUUUGAAGUUAAGAAAACAAUUUUAAAAUGAGAGAAUGCAUCUCGGUUCACAUCGGCCAGGCUGGCGUCCAGAUCGGGAACGCCUGCUGGGAGCUGUACUGUCUGGAGCAUGGAAUCCAACCGGACGGCCAAAUGCCAUCGGACAAAACCAUCGGCGGAGGCGACGAUUCCUUCAACACCUUCUUCAGCGAAACUGGAUCCGGUAAACAUGUCCCACGAGCCGUCUUUGUCGAUCUGGAACCGACGGUGGUGGAUGAGGUCCGCACCGGAACCUACCGGCAGCUGUUCCAUCCGGAGCAACUGAUCACUGGUAAGGAGGACGCUGCCAACAAUUAUGCCCGCGGUCACUACACCAUCGGUAAGGAAAUCGUUGAUCUGGUGCUGGACCGCAUUCGCAAGCUGGCCGACCAGUGCACCGGCCUGCAGGGAUUCCUGGUGUUCCAUUCUUUUGGCGGCGGUACCGGAAGUGGCUUCACCUCGCUGCUGAUGGAGCGCCUCUCGGUCGACUACGGAAAGAAGUCCAAGCUGGAGUUUUCUAUCUACCCGGCACCGCAGGUAUCAACGGCCGUCGUUGAGCCGUACAACUCAAUCCUGACGACGCACACAACCUUGGAACAUUCGGAUUGCGCGUUUAUGGUCGACAACGAGGCCAUUUACGACAUUUGCCGCCGAAAUCUGGACAUCGAGCGGCCCACUUACACCAACCUGAAUCGGCUGAUCGGGCAGAUUGUGUCCUCGAUUACGGCGUCGUUGCGCUUCGAUGGGGCCCUGAAUGUCGAUUUGACCGAGUUCCAGACGAACUUGGUGCCCUACCCGCGCAUCCACUUUCCGCUGGCGACAUAUGCCCCGGUAAUUUCGGCUGAGAAGGCCUACCACGAGCAGCUGACGGUUGCGGAAAUCACCAAUGCCUGUUUCGAGCCGGCCAAUCAGAUGGUCAAGUGUGACCCCCGUCAUGGCAAGUACAUGGCCUGCUGUAUGCUGUAUAGGGGAGAUGUGGUGCCGAAGGAUGUCAAUGCUGCGAUUGCGACGAUUAAAACGAAGCGGUCGAUUCAGUUCGUCGAUUGGUGUCCCACUGGAUUCAAGGUUGGCAUCAACUAUCAACCGCCGACCGUUGUUCCGGGUGGAGAUUUGGCCAAGGUUCAGCGGGCAGUUUGCAUGUUGUCCAACACCACGGCCAUUGCCGAAGCAUGGGCCCGUCUGGAUCACAAGUUUGACCUGAUGUAUGCCAAGAGGGCCUUUGUCCAUUGGUACGUUGGCGAGGGUAUGGAGGAGGGUGAGUUCUCCGAGGCUCGUGAAGAUUUGGCCGCCCUCGAGAAGGACUACGAGGAGGUCGGUGUCGAUUCGACGGAGGAAGUUGGCGAGGGUGACGAGUACUAAGUGGCAGCGCAGCUAUACGAUUGUCCAUGAAAAACGUUCACAAAAAAAGCACUACUAAGUUCCUCUCGCUUGUUUAAAAAAAAAUCAAUCAUAACAGCAAAAGACAAAAAGGAUGCUCGGCAGAGUUGAUUCAGAUUUCAGAUUGUGGUGUGAAAAAUGUAAAAAAUCAUCAACCAUGCACCCGGCAGCCAUAGACUAAUGCGAAGCAUGAUUUCAUCAACAGUCAACACUAAAUAUCGAAACUAUCGAAACCUGCGAGCAACAUUUUGCAAAAAAAACUGCCUUUCUCUACAGAAACAAACACACAUCUACGACACUCUAAAAUCGAGUAUUGAUUUUACACUAAUCUUACCAAAACAAUCUUUGUAUUAUGAACUUAUUUAUUUUAUGAAAAAGAAAAGAAAAAGUGCACAAACUGGUCAUUAGUAAAC